GAGAUGUAUAGAUAGUAUAGAUGGGAUAGAUUAUAGAGAUUUAGUUCAAUAACUAUAUAUAUUAGUAAUAGUAUGGAGGAUCUUACAGAUGAGUUUAAAUAUAUGGCCACCAGUCUCUUUAUAGCAUUCAAGGCAUUACUUAUGAAUGAGACUCCAGUAGCAUGUAUAUUGGUGAAUAAAUCAACAGGAAAGAUUAUUAGUAUAGGAUAUAAUUAUACCAAUGCAUCAUUAAAUGGAACAAAACAUGCCGAGUUUAUUGCUGUAAAGAGAUUGAUGGAGAAUGAUCAUCAAAUUAAUUUUCAAGAUAUUAUUAUGUAUGUUACUGUAGAACCUUGUAUUAUGUGUGCAUCAUUUUUAAGACAAUUAGGUAUAAAUCAAGUUAUUUAUGGAUGUAGUAAUGAUAGAUUUGGAGGUAAUGGUACAGUACUAUCAAUUCAUAAUGAUAAAAAAUUAAUUGGAAAUACUUAUAAGAGUAUAGGAGGAAUAAUGCGAACUGAAGCUAUACAAUUAUUAAGAAACUUUUAUAUUCAAGAGAAUGAAUCUGCUCCAGUACCUAAAGUUAAGAAGAAUAAAGAUAUUGAGAAUAAAUUAUAUCCACCUAAUAUAUUUAAUGUGAAUGAAUUAGAAUUUACUGAUUAUUAUGGAUUAAUUAGAAAGGAAGAGAUAUAUAAUCAAUCAGAUAAAGAAAUUACUCCUAUAAUAGGUCAUGGUUAUAAAGUAAGUAAUUUAGUUAAUUUGCAAUAUCUUAAGGAUAUUCCUUACCUAGAACAAGAUAUGGGAGUUGUAGAUGAUGAACAAGUUAAUGAAUUCUUUGAUUUAUUUUAUGAUAUAGAUGAUAAUGGUCAAGUACAAUUCUCAAGUAAGAUUAGAACUUAUAAUAGUAAGAAACGUCAUCUUAAUGAUGAUGAGUAAAUAUAUAAUGGUAUUACAUAUCC